AUGAAAUGUCGAUCGACCUACGAUUUCAAGAGUCAUCUGGCCAAUUUAAAAUUUGGUCAGGAUGCCUCUGUAUUUGUCAGUCACUUACAGACAGUUAUCAUUCGACCACUAUAUUUUCAAAAAGAUACAAAUGAUUAAAAAAAAAAAAAAGAAAACUCGUGGAUAACGCAGCAAACGAUCUCAAAUGGCACGCCAGAUGUACUGAUCUGAGCACGCAUGCGCUAAAAGUUUCCUUUGAUGUGUGCGGGGAGGAAAAAGAACUUUUCUCAGUUCGCGUUCGCAGCAUUCGUUGGUUCUCGCGGAAGCCCGCGCAAGAUGAAAGUGACUGAUAUUUAAAAAAAAUUUACGCUCGCGAUCUCUCGCCGUAUGUGUAUUGAAGUCCGGAAGCGGUUUUAAAAGGGGGACGGCAGAUGAUUUCCAAAGCAGAUAAAUACUCCGGAGGAAAUCCAUAUUGUCCGCGGCCUACACCUGAAUGGCAAGUGCCCAUUACUAAGUUUUUAAACAAAAAAACAGGUAGUGUCAGUAUGCCUCAACCCCAACAAGAAGCCGAAAGUACUUCUGGAUCCAAUCAAGCCGAUGGUGGGUCUGUUGGAUCUUCUCAAACCAGUGAUGGUUCGUCUGAAAAUGCCCAAGCUAGUGAUAGUACUACUGGAUCGAGCCAAGUAAGCGACAGCACAUCUUCAACUACCGGUAAUGUGACAACUCAUUGCAAUGGAACCUCUCAGGCUGUUUCUGAAAUAUCCAGUGGCAAUGAAGCAUCAGGAGAAGACGAAGGUUCUGGGGAUGAUGAAAAUUCUGUAGACGAUGAAGUCACUGGAGGAGACGAUGUGCCAACCACAAGCCACCAAGUCCCCUCCAGUAGCGAUGAAGUCUUGACUGCUAGUCAGGAUGAUCCACCAACCAGCAGCGAUGAACCCAGUACCAGUGAAGAUAAUAUACCCACAUCUAGCCGCAACGUUAUGAAAAGGAAGCGAGAGUCUAGUGAUGAAGAUGAAGUGCAGAGCACCAGUGAUGCAGUGUCUAGUGCCAAUGAUGUACAAAGUUCCUCUGGCAAAAAACCUUUUACUGAAUAAGUAGGAACUGCUGGUGUUAUUCCUAAAGUAGGCAAGAAAGAUAGAUGUCUGGAAAAUUAUAUACUCGGAAAAAAAAAAGUGUUUUUAAUUUCCCGUUUUCUAGUUGCAUUUUGUAAAGAAGUCAUGUGUAUAUUGUUUCAUUUUUUUAUAUAUAUAUUUGUCAUUGUGUUUUAAUUUCAGGUUUUUAACUAUGUAUUCUGGAUGUUAGAAAUCGUAUUUCUAAUCAAUAAAUGUUCGAAAAAAUA